UCUCUCUAUCACCACCCCCACUGCCCCAAUGCCAAAACGGUUAGGAGGUCCCAACCAAACCACCCACCCCUUAAUCUGGUGCGUCUCCAUCGUCUGCGCCAUACUAACCGUGCUCGUCAUCAUCGGUGGCAUCGUGGUCUUCAUCGGGUACGCCACCCUCCGCCCCAAGGUGCCCCAAGUCAGCGUCGAACGCGCCCAAAUGGACACCAUCUACUUCGACCAAUCCAACCUCAUGAUGCUCCAGGCCACCAUCGUCAUCAAGGCCGACAACGACAACAUCCGGGCCCACGCCAGCUUCUACGACAUGGCCUACACCCUCAGCUUCCGCAACCAGAAGAUCGCCAUUCUAAAGGCCGACCCCUUCGACGUCAAACCCAACCACUCCCUCGAGCUCAACUUCGUCGCACAGUCCCACUCCAUACCGCUCAACCAAGAAGAGGCCGACGCGAUUAACUUAUCGUUGGAGCAGAGUGUGGUCGAUCUCGACCUCAGAGGGAUGUCGAGGACGAGGUGGAAGCUCUGGCUCAUUGGCUCGGUUAAGUACGCGUUGCAUUUGGAUUGCAAACUCCUUUUGCCGAUCAAUCACACCACCAUACAUCAUCCACCAGCUUGUACUUCAAGAAAUAGUUGAAGAGAGGAAUCCUUUUUUCUUUUUCAUUAAAAUAGGAUCCUCUUUCUUAAU